AUGAUCCCACUUCCAAAACUCAUAUCAAUCUCCAGUAAUGACAAUUUGGGUGUGUUAUCCGCGGUUCAGCUCAUUGUUUAUAUCUCAGGGUCUUGUGCGACGGGUGUCAUUGCCAUCGCGGAGUACCAUCGCGCACUAAUGACGACACUACGAGAGAGGCAGCACGAUGAGGUGAGUUCGAUCGAGCUGAUCUACGGCGACACCUUCGUCGACAUCACCCUGCAAAAUAAAGUGUGGAACCAGGAUCCGUCGCCGCACUUCCAGGUGACGGUGGCCAGCGACGCCGAUCCCGACCACCCGGAGGUGAGCGUGGUGCUAGACAUCGAAUUCACCCAAACCUACCCGUUACUGCCACCCAUUGUCAAAGUGCUCCACCCGAAGAACUUGCUACGAGCGCGUAUUGCUGCCAUUGAGGCCAAAAUCAAGGAAUUGAUCAAGGAGUAUCCGGAGCAAGAAGUGGGGUUUAUCAUCAUUUCGGAAGUGAAGUUCAUGGUCGACGAAUUCCACAGCACCACGGAAAAAGUGCUCCUGCUUGAACAGGAGCGUGAACUCCGCUUACAGCAGCAGAGACUCGAAUUGGAGCAGCGGGAACAGGCCCUAGCUCGCCAGCAGGAAGUGGAGCGCCACCGCGAGGAAAUGGAGGUUACCAAACACAUUGCCAACAUCGACGAUGAAGACACGGUGCUGGUAUCAGUGCUGGACCUCGUACCGGCUCUGGGAACUGGGUAUGACUACUUUGUGUUUGAUCAAACAAUGACGGCGGAAGUGUACGGCACUCGUCGCCAAUUCCCCUUCCGAGCAGUGCUGGGUUUCAUUGGCUGUCGCAAGCGGGACUUGUUGGCGCUGGUUGCCGCCCAUUCGUACAUUGUCAAGCCCUAUAUCGCUCCUAGUCUUAUCUCCGAAAAGGAUCGGGGGCUGGAAGUGCUGUAUUUGCUUCUAGAGAUUGAUUUUCUCCACGAACACUGGAGCAGUGAUGAUGGCAAACGAGAGAUCCACCAGCUAGAAGCCGAGCUCGCCCAGGUGGCCCAGCUCCGCCACACCAAUCUCCAGCGAUUGCUAGGUUUUCAGAUCGAUAAGGUGCCUGAAGGUUCAGGGUGGCGGCUACGAGUACUUACUGAGUUUCUGCCACUGCUGGAGGUUCUCCUGGAGCUAUUACGGACGGCAGAAUAUAUCAAUUGGGGGCUUGCACGUAACUGGUUAAUCCAACUUCUACCAGCACUCGAAACCCUCCACCAGGCGGGGCUCGCCCACCGCCAAGUGUGUCCGUUGGCGGUGCUGGUAGCCGGAGACGACGACGAUAGCUCUGUGGAGAGCGAGGGGACCAAAGUGGUGAAGUUGUGUCAUCCUCAGUAUGGUCAACGCAUCGUGCUGAUGCUCACAAAAUACCCCAAUCCAGGAGCAGUUACACCUAAUCCCGACCCGAUGCCGCAAGCGUGGCGCCAUCCUGAUACUACCAUCACCCUGAAAACGGAUAUUUGGGACUUGGGGGUGUUGUUUAUUCGGGUUAUGCUCAACUAUACCGUGUUGGAGACGACCUACCCCACUCCCGAUACGUUUGUCGCCAAGUUCGACCCGCAACUGUACGGGGCCCUGAGCCAGUACGCGGAGUACGUCUACGAUAUGUUGUGCAAAAUGCUCACACCGAAGGCAGCAAAGCGGCCGCUGGCACUUGAGCUCAAUGCCCUCCAGUUCCUUCGGGAGGGGCCUAACUUGAACCAAAGUUCAUCGGCAGUGGAAUCCGAUAGCGACGAUGAGACACCUGCGGUGGUUAAUCGCCGCCUUUUAGCUGUCAGUGGCAUGCUGAAACGGCGCUACCUGAACCAGGACGAUUCUCUGGACGCCCUGUUUGAACCACCUGAAGUCGGAGGACGCUACCGUCGAGAGUUUGAAGAAGUGGGACGAUUGGGCAAAGGUGGGUUUGGUGAAGUGGUCAAAGCUAGAAGUCGUAUUGAGGGCUCAUUCUACGCGGUGAAAAAGAUCCGCUACAAAUCCCACAAACUCGAACUGUUGCUUAGUGAAGUGCUUUCGCUUGCUCGUUUGAAUCACCCUCACAUUGUCCGUUAUUACGGUGCGUGGUUCGAAGAGGCUCCCUCGGCGUCAGCGAUUGCCAGUGACUCGGAAGAGGAUAGUGGCAGUAUCAGCGACGACGAAGACGACGAACUGAGCCAGUUCGACUCCCAGUUUACUCUGCGAAGACUGUUUCUGGUAGGAUAUUUCAAUCAGCUGUAUGAACAACUGUUUUACGAACUGGAUGCGUUUGAGUUCGCUCGUGCCCUGGACGAUGAUAAUGACAAUAAUGAUGAUGAUGAGACACUGACGGAACCGUCAAUUCCAGCUAGGCGCCAAGUGCUCCCUCGGCAUCGUCGUCGCUCGAUGACUCAGGCAGUGCCUCAAAUGCUCUACAUCCAAAUGGAGCUUUGUGAGAACAAUACCCUUUCUGACUUGAUUCAACAGGGACUUCCGCUGAACAAAAACGAGUACUGGCGGCUCUUUCGCCAGAUCCUCGACGCGGUGGCGUAUAUCCACAGCGAAGGGUUUAUCCACCGUGAUUUAAAGCCGAAGAACAUUUUCAUUGACCGGCAAAAUAAUGUUAAGGUCGGUGAUUUUGGGCUUGCGAAACUGUCGCAAUUGGCGCUGGCGCUGGUGACGAAAGAUAACCAAGUUAAGGAAGGGCCCGAGCUUUCGACAGUGGUGGGUACGGUGUUCUAUAUGGCAAACGAAGUUGCCACCGGGGACUACGACGCUAAAGUUGACAUGUACUCUUUGGGGGUGAUCUUUUUCGAAAUGUGCUGGCCGAUGACUACGGGAAUGGAGCGCGCGCAUAUCCUCAAUCAGCUUCGUUUGGCUCGUGUUGAAUUCCCUGAGGGCUUUUCCGAAGCCAAAUUUGGUAAAGAGAGAAAAAUCGUGCGGCUGUUGCUCGACCAUGAUCCUCAAAAACGACCUGAAGCUCGUCAAUUGCUUCAGCUGGGAUUGUUACCGGUAGAACCGCACGACCCCGUGGUUCAGGAGGCAUUAAGGCUGUUGACCGACCCCGCCCUGCCGUGGCAGGCUCAGGUCCGCCAAGCCUUAUUUUCUCGCCCGUAUCUGGUAGCAGCCGAUGUGGUAUUUGACGGACGUGGUGGCUUGAAGCCGCAACUGGAAGUGGAGGCAGUGCUGUUUGAGUGUAUGGUGAGUCAAGUAUCGGAGAUAUUUGAGGUCCACGGUGCCGUACAGGACCACGAAGUGGCUCCAGUAGCUCCGCAGCCACCACCACAAUACCAGAAUACCGACCAGUUUAAAGUGCUUGACCGUCUGGGAGCGGUACUUACUUUACCGUUUGACCUUACCCUCCCCUUAGCCCGUCAGUGGGGUCGUUCUCCGGCUCCUGUUCCUAAGGUAUGGCGUCACAAUUAUGUCUACCGAGCUCCCACUACUCGUCAGGGAGGCGGAGGGGCACCUAAACGAUACUCGACGAUGGCAUUUGAUAUUGGUGGCUUUGACCAUCCUCCUCGCACCAUCCAGGCUCAAAUGUAUGAGGAUGCUGAGUGUUUACUGGUGAUUGAUGCGGUAGCACAAGCGUUCCCCGGGUUCAGCGGUGACCAGGGUGUGCUCCUAGUGAACCACUACCUGGUGCUUGAUGCCGUGGUCCAGUUCGCGUUCUCCUCAGCGAUUGAUCGAGCCAGAACUCACGAAGUGAUGGCGGUACUCGCGCAGUUAGGGGUUGAUGCCACUAGUGACGAUAUCAAGCGCAGCUUGCGUCAAGAGUUUGGGGCUCCUCACACCGUGGUCCACGAUUUGGUGGAUCUGUUCAACUUUACGGUCGAUGUGGCGAGUGCUCGACAGAAAUUGGCCCGUAAAAUGGUGGAUCUGGCGGCGGCAUUGAAAGUGGAGCGAGCGAUGGCCUACGUGGCGGAUGUGGUGAAGCUUGCACAGAAGAUGGGAUUGAAAACACCAAUUUACUUCAAUCCGUUGGCUAACUACAAUGCCAGCUACUACGGCGGCAACAUCAUGUUCCAGUGGGUGUGCCGGGUUGAUAAAGCUCGUCGUUUCAGUCGAGUGGCCACUGGGGGCCGCUACGAUGCUUUGAUUCGAUCUUUGGCCGCUCGUGACGUUCACAAGCAAUAUACUCCUCACGGCGUUGGGUUCUCAUUGCUGACCCACUUGAUGCACAUCAUAUUGAAGCAACUGUGGCCUAAGACGCGUCAUUUCAGUGCCCACAACGUGCCCCCUCGUUUACAGUGGCAGGGACAACGGGUGCGGGUGCUUAUCAACGUGACGCUGGAACCAGCAGUAUUGGAUUCGCUGGUGGAGAUUUUGAAGCUGUUGUGGCGAAGAGGAGUGAGCUGUGAUCGCUACCAUCUGAUGCUGAAUGAUGAUUUUGCUCAUCAAGCGUGGGUAGACGGGGCGGAGUACGUGGUGCUCAUUCGUCAGCCCAAGGGGAAGGCGCUGGCAAGAGGGUUCAGACCGCUUAGAGUGCGGUGUGUGGCUACGGGAAAAGACGUUGACGUUGAUUACGAUGAGAUUGGCGACUUUUUAAGCUCGGAAACUGGGACGUCGCCCAUGGUAGCUACCAGACCUGGGUUACCUUCGUUUGAGCUGACGCUGAGCUUAAAUGAAGCACAAAUGGUACAAGCACCGGUAGCCCAGGUUGAAGUGAGCCAAAAAGUGGUAGUGGUUGAGAAUAUGGCUCCUAGGGGACGUAAGAACCGCAAGGAUAAGUAUCUGGCGGAAAUCGAUGCCCAGGCGGCGGCAGCGAAUUACGUGGAACAGGUGGCGGGAGCGAAAGUGAUUGCAGUGGCAUUGCGCGAUGAGGUCAUCGACAUGAUGGCUCAAACACUGAUUGCUCUGGAGGACGAGUGGGUGCGCAAAGUGAUCUACCUGACGAAGGACUUGCCCAAACUGUACGCGAUGUCGAUAUACAACAUUAUGGUGAAGGAGAAGGCUAAGGGGAGCUCGUUGGUGUUGCUUGUCAGCCAGCGUACGCAAAAGACAGUGGUGGUGGACUUGACGAGAGGCGACUAA